AUGAGGUUACUCGGAGUUUUGUUGUCGCUAGUCGUCUACAUUGUAGAAACAACCGCAGAAACAGAAAAUCCGUGCGAUGGUCUGCUUUCCGGAAUACUAAUUGACCCUGACAGUUGUUACAAGUUCGUAAUCUGUUACAAAGAAGAACCAGAGUUUUUGACUUGUCCGGAUGGAUCAAUUUUCUCCAUCGAUGAAAUAGCUUGCGUCCCGGGUGAUCAAGAGACAUGCAUCGAAGGAUACCCAGAGGAACCUCCCAACGAUCAGCGACCAUGCCGUGGAAUAGUAUUGGGACGAUUCCCUGAUCCAGACAGUUGCACUACGUAUAACAGUUGCAUCUUUGGUCGACAGCGGAAACAGUCCUGCCGUGAAGGGUAUGUGUUCUCGCAGAGAACAUUUUUGUGUCUUCCAGGAAAUCCAGAAUCAUGUCAGGUUCAGCUGUUUCCGACCACCACGACACCAGCGCCGGAGAGUGUUAAGCCUAUUCCAGCGGAUUAUUGCUUGCGCCACGAAAAGCCUUUCGGACGAUUACCACAUCCGCAGUUCUGCACCAGAUACGUCGAGUGCCUCGUGUGGAUCCCCAAGGAGGAAUUGUGUCCCAACUGGAUGGUGUUCAGUGAUCGGUUGAACAUCUGUCUUCCCGGUGAUCCAAACACGUGCCGAACGAUUUUGGGUCCGGGGGCUACUACUCCGGAACCGAAUCCACCGACUACAACGCUCGCACCGAUUCCGGAGGAUAUUUGUCCGGACAAAAUUGUUGCAGUGAUUCCACAUCCACACCACUGCCAUAUGUUUAUCACCUGCAUUUUAGGUAGACCCAAUGUGCAACAGUGCCUACCGUACAAUGUGUUUUCGGAGAAGCACUCCGUGUGUCUCCCCGGGGAUCCGACCACUUGUACUAUAUACUGGGAGUAG